AUGGAAUUUGAUAUGUUUCGGGUCAAGUAUCCCGAGGGAAGUGGUGGCCAGAAAACCAAACAUUUACAAGUGAAUAAGGAGACUUUUAAGAACAAUAAGCAAUCCAUCGUUCGGAUCGUCAAUCCCUGGGAUAAAUUUUGUUUAGCUAGAGCCAUCGUCGUGACUCGAUUACACAGUCAAAAACCCGAACAUCCAGACCCCGAAUGGGAAAAACAAUGGAAACGCAUGAGAUUAGGAGAUGUAAGAGCCAAUGACCAGAAGAACCAAGCCAUAGCCCUCAUGGAACAGGCCGAGUGUGAUAUCACUCAAGCUUGUGGAUAUGAAGAGUGGACGAAUUUACAACAGGUGUUAGCUCCUCAGUAUCGACUGAAAAUAUUUCAGUUCAAGUCUACUUCGACUCAACUCUGUUUAGAACCUAUUUACAAAGGUUGGGGAGACGGAACUUAUUUGAACAUUUUGUUAGACGACCAUCAUUACGAUGCCAUCCUAUCGAUGCCGGGAGUGACGGGGAACCCCUAUUGCUGUGAUCAUUGCGACGUGGGGUACAGGACUGUCACAGAACAUCGCUCCAAGUGUCCUCAUCGCUGUCCCUUUUGUUUAGGACAACACCCUAAAUGUCCCGAUGAAGGGAUCAAGAUUCGAUGCCAGGAAUGCCAUGGAAUUUUUAAGAACAGGACCUGCUACGAAAAUCAUUUAAGACCCCAUAGUAAGAAGACCACCACUACUGUCUGCAAUUUAAUGGAACAAUGCGAGAAGUGUCAGUCUUGGAUACCUUAG